GCACACAAGUUAUAUAUAGGAUGGUCACAGUGGGGAACAGAGAAAACACAAGCUAACCCUGGAGUAAGAGACAUUCAUAGGAAGGACUUCUGCGACAAAAGUCCCAUACGGAGAAGAAACAUCUUCACAGGUGUGGAGAAACAGAAAUCAGAGUAAGAAAUAAGUUUCAAGUCUAUAGACUUUGUAGGAUUAUAAAGGACUAUGGAUUACAAUGCAGACAUUAUCCGGGACAAUAAUCCUAUGGACAGUUUGGAGAAACAGCUAAUUUGCCCUAUAUGCCUUGAAAUGUUCAACAAACCUGUGGUGAUCUUGCCAUGCCAACACAACCUGUGUCGGAAAUGUGCCAAUGAUGUAUUUCAGGCUGGAAACCCAUACUGGCCUACACGAUCUUCUGUGUCUGGUGGAAAAUUUCGCUGCCCUACGUGUCGCCAUGAGGUCAUUUUAGACCGUCAUGGAGUUUAUGGGCUUCAGAGAAACCUACUUGUAGAGAACAUAAUAGAUAUCUACAAACAAGACUGCAAUAGUCGACCUGAGAAAAAAAAGGAAAAUCAUCCGAUGUGCGAAAAGCAUGAAGAUGAGAGGAUAAAUAUUUACUGCAUAACCUGCGAAGUAGCAACCUGCUCCAUGUGUAAAGUAUUUGGGGCUCAUAAAGACUGCGAAGUUUCUCCUCUCCAGAACAUAUAUCAGACUCAGAAGACAGAACUUAAUGGCUGUAUAUCAAUGCUGGUUGCUGGAAACGACAGAAUUCAGACUAUAACAAGCCAACUGGAGGACUCCUGUAAAACAAUAAAGGACAGCAGUCAAAAGAAGAGGGAAUCUGUCAAUGAAUUAUUUGUGGAACUGAACAAAGUGAUGGAGGAGAAAAGGGCAGAUCUUAUACAGCGGAUAUCUGAAGCUGAGGAAGAAAAGCUGAGUUUUGCAAGUUCCCUCGUUGUUAAAUACCAGGAGCAACUUCAAUCCUCAUCUAACCUAUUGCAAAGUGCACUUGAAAUGGUAGAACAGACUGGUCAUGCUACUUUCCUUCUGACGUCCAAGCAGCUAAUGAAAAGAAUCUUGGAAGCCUCUAAAGGUUCCCAGCUUGAGAAGACAGAACCAGGUUUUGAAAAUAUGGACCAAUUUACUUUGGACAUUGAGUAUGUCAUUGAAUGCUUGAAAAGGCUUGAUUUUAGUACAUGCUGUGAAUAUGAGGAGGAAGAGGAGGAUAUAGAGGAAUAUGAGGAGCCAGAAGAGGAGAGACCUGAAGGGCAGCAAUAAUUUCAAAGCAUGCAAAAAAGAAUAAUCAGAAGGAGAAAGUAAAGAGCAUGGCCCAAUCUUCAGGAUGGAAACAGGGCAUGACAUGAGUCAGGAGGAUGAAGAUCCUGCAGGCGAUAGAACUCAGGACUGCUGCCAGUCACAGAGGACCUUUCUUGUGGGUCAGCUGACCAGGGUGUAUAUAAUUGUUCAACUGGAAUUUUUAAGUAUGUUUAAGUAUGUUCGGUGUGAUGACUCUGCAUGUGGGUUGAUCUGCACACGGUCAAGAGUCCUGUGAUGGGAUUUCACAAUUCUUACAAGUGUGUUUUAGAUGUAAUGACUUGAAUAAAAUGUUUAUUUUGUUGUGAUACAUUCCCGAGAUGUAAAGUGUGAUGCCACGCUACAUGACUGUCAGCCUUUAUAGUAACACAAAUCCACUGUUUUUACAAUGACUUAUUCUCUAAAAGAACAGUAAAGCUUGUACAAACAAGUAAAGCUGG